AUGAUUAAAUCGUUUAUAAAUAAUGGAAUAAAAAUAUAUUCGCUGACCUCUGGAAAGCUAAGUCCAGAUAGCUAUGGUAAUACAAAUUUUGAUGCGAAAAAAAAAAAAAAAAAUUCAGUAAAUGAUAAUGGUGAUAAUUCAAUCGAAGUAUUACAUGAUUUAGAGUUUUCACAAAAAAGUGAUGAUAUAAAAAUUAGUGAUGAUGGAAGAUAUUUAUGUGUAAGUGGUAUGUACCCCCCACAAGUUGGACUAUAUGAUACUAGUGAAUUAUCAAUAAAACAUAGAAGGCAUUUUGAUGAAGAAGUAUUAAAUUUUGUAUUUUUAACAAACAAUUAUGAAAAGCUAGCUUUUUUAUGUAAAAAUAGAUAUCUUGAAUUUCAUAAUGCUGCUGGAAAAUACCAUAAAAUGCGAAUACCAAAAGAGGGAAGAAGUUUAAUGUAUAAUAAGGAAUCAACUAAUUUAUAUAUUAGUGCUUCCUAUGAAGAUAUAUAUAUAUUAAAUUUACAAAAGGGAUGUUAUGAAACUUCAAUUAAAACCAAAAAUGAACAAAAUAAUUUUAUUUGUAAAAACAUGCAAUUACCUAUAUUUUGUACAGGAGGGUCUGAUGGAUAUUUAGAAAUAUGGGACGAAAGAGAAAAAAAAAGUUUAAAUUUUAUAAAUGUAAAUGAAUAUGAAGAGUUAACAAGUAGCUGUUUUUCAGAUAACGGAUUAAAAUUAGCAGUAGGAUCAAGCAAAGGAAUUGUAAAACUUUUUGAUAUAAGACAUAGUAAACCUCUUUUAAUUAAAGACCAUUGUAACGAUGUCCCGAUUAAAAAAAUUGAGUUUCUUAAAAUUGAUAAUACUAAACCUUCAUAUAUGGAUACUACCGGAUUUUAUAGAAACACAUAUAAUAAUAAUAAUGAUGAUGAUGGAAUGUGCAAUAGUGGAAAUAGCUUUUCUUGUAAUGAGUUAAUAGCUUCAUGUGAUGAAAAUUGUAUAAAAAUUUAUUCAGAGGUUCAAAAAAAUAUAUUAUCAUUACAAGUAAUAAACUUUGAUGAUGGUAAAAAAAGAAAUAAUAAGAAAAUAAAAUUGUUAAAUAAUGAAUGUGUAAAUAUAAAUUCUUUUACUUUUUAUAAAAAUUCUGGAUUAUGUUUUAUUCCAUGUGAUAACAAAAAGGUUUUUGUAUACUUUAUACCAUAUAUUGGAAUAGCACCAAAAUGGUGUAAUUUCCUUGAUAAUAUAACUGAGGAAUUAGAAGAAAAAGAAAAAUAUAAAAAGGAUGAUAUAUAUGACAUAAAUAAUAAUAACAAUUCCAAUGAUGCAUUUGAUGAUUAUGUAUUUUUAACAAAUCAACAAAUCGAACAAUUAAAUAUAAGUCAUAUGAAAGGAACAAAAAAUUUAAUUCCUUAUUUACAUGGAUAUUAUAUUCCUAGCAACAUUUAUGUAGACAUUAAAAGUGUUAUGCAAGAAAAUGAUUUAGAUUCUUAUAAAAAUAAUUUAAUACAAAAGAAAUUACAACAAAAACAACAAAUGAGAAUAUCGGAUAAAUCAAAUAUAUUAGUAGAUAAAAAUUAUGUUGAUAACUUAUUAAAUAAAGUGCAAAAGAGAAUAGACAAAAAACAAAAAGCGAUAGUAAAUGCACAAGAAUUAUUACAAGAUGACAGAUUUAAUAAAUUAUUUUAUGAUCCUGAAUAUAUGGUUGAAACAGUGGAUUUAGAUAAAUAA